AUGCCUCACCUUACAUCUCAAUAUAUGUGUGGCAGGGUGUACGUGGACGGGCAGGAGGUGAAGGAGGGCACCCUGGUGAGCGAGGCCGCCCUCAUCCCCCUCAACGGGACGCUCUACCUUGGUCAGGAUCAAGACAAAUUCGACGGCGGUUUGGACUCUGACCAAACUCUCAGCGGCUACAUCACCCAGGUAAAUAUUUGGAAUCGCGAGUUGGACCCCAGCUAUAUAGAGAGCAUCGCCAACUGCUUAGAAAAUCCCCAAGGCAACAUGUUCUCAACAGACACCACCUCUGUCCAAGAGUCCAACGUGAGUUCCGAAAUGGUUCACAUUAAGACCUUCUGUAAGUCAAGAGAGAAGUACUUUAUUAUCCCGGUGAAGAUGCUUCCUAUAGAAGCCGAAAGGUUCUGUAAGCUUACAGAUUCUAAGUUCUUCAUCCCUGAAGACGAGGAGACCAAUUCUCAGUUUGCUAACGUGGCCACAGAGCUGUUCACUGACGCGUGUGCAGGAAAGAGCUAUCGAUUUAUAAUUUUAGGCGGGACAGACAUUGACAAAGAAGGGCAGUGGAGGAAAACAAUGGGCGGCGAGCCUCUAACGUAUAUUCCCUGGAGUCCGGGAGAGCCCAAUGGCUGGAGGAUAGAUAACUGCUUAGUGUUGAGUAAUUACAAUUACCGCUGGGGCGAUGUUGGCUGUUACAAUAAACUAUGUUUCUCCUGCAGUAGAACCAACCUGGAUUACUUGCAGUUACGAGGCAUGUGUCAGAUCAACGAGCAUCAAACACGCUUUCUCUUGGACGGUUACAUCAACGGUAAACCCUUCUUCAGAGGAUAUUACGGUCUUAUUAUUUAUCAUUCAGGUGUGAAGGAGUGGAUAUUACAUGAUAUAGUAGGAAAUGUUACCCUGGCCACCGUCUCCAUGAUGUAUUCCACCGACUAUCCAAUCGGCCGCCAGAGGUGGACCGUCAACACCUCCUUCUGUGACCACCUUAUAGGUAGUGACGUGGUGUUGGGUCUGUCGACAUGCACGACGCAAGAUUUCAUGUGCACGGACGGGUCAUGUGUGCACCGCUCCGUGCGCUGCAACUUACGGGACGACUGCUUAGAUGGCAGCGAUGAAGAGAACUGCACCACCAUCUCCUUUAGUGACAGGUACCACAAUUAUCGCCCGCCUCCCGGAGUUACGUUCAGAACGCCGCUACAGAUCGUUCCUGUCGUAGAUCUCAUCAGGUUCUCAAAAAUAGACGACAUUAACCUCGCUUUCAACAUGGAGAUUGAGAUCUCUCUCUCAUGGCCUGACCGAAACCUCAAAUUUAAGAACAUCAAGAGUGAGGAGGGAAAGAACAAGUUGAAUGAACAGGAAGUAGAGAAGAUCUGGAGCCCAGAAGUCGAGUUUCUGAACGUGAACAACGGCGAGUUGAAGAUGUUGAAAACUGGAGUGUACGUGAAACAGACCGGCAACCCCGACCCUCCUCUCUUUUACGACGUCCAGAUGGACACUAUCUACCAGCCCAGCAGUGGACAGCUGGUGCAGAGACGUCAGUACUACGGCAGCUUCAACUGUCACUUCAAGCUGUUCAGGUACCCCUUCGACACACAGACCUGCAUCAUCGUCGUCAAGCUCGCCUCAGCUGACACCACCGUCCUCGAACUCAAGAACUCAUCUGUUGUAUACAGUGGCAUGGCUGAACUUCCUAAAUACGAGGUUCAGAACAUAAAAAUCUCCCUCAAGAAUCGCUCCGGCUAUGCUGUCAUAGAGGUGAUGUUCCAGCUAGAGCGACGUUGGAGUUUGUUGAUGCUGACUAUCUUCCUGCCCACCUUCCUCCUACUGGGGAUCGGCUACGGCACCCUGUUCAUCAAGUUGGCCGUCUUCCAGGCCAGGGCCGUGAUGACGUUAACCACACUACUGGUGUUAUACACGCUGUUCAACCAAGUGUCAAGUGGCCUGCCCGACACCGCCUACAUCAAGAUGCUCGACUUGUGGUUCUUCUUCUGCAUCUUCGUCAUCUUCAGCAUCAUCGUCAUCCACAUCACAGUCGAACAUCUGGAUAAGGAGCCUGAGACGCCCAAAACCAGAACUGUGCAGGUAUCCCCCGUAGGCGACCUAAAGCUUCCCCAGUACCCGUCCUUCUUCCCCAUCAAGAUGCAGGCUGGGAGGCUGAUGAUUGUCAGUCGUCGCUUCGUCUACCCGCUCAUCAUCACCUCUUUCUGCCUCGUCUUCUGGGUCGUCAUCUUAUCCGUCUCCUAGUUCACCUGGUCUCCUAGUACACCUGGUCUCCUAGUACACCUGGUCUCCUAGUUCACCUGGUCUCCUAGUUCACCUGGUCUCCUAGUACACCUGGUCUCCUAGUACACCUGGUCUCCUAGUACAGCUGGUCUCCUAGUACACCUGGUCUCAUAGUUCAUCUGGUCUCCUAUUACACCUCGCCUCCUAACUCACAUGGAAGUCGCCUACUUCUGCCUCGCCUUCAUAAACUUAAGAGGGGCCGUGACCUCUCCCUCCCACGCCCAUCAAUAUCCAUGGAGCAUAUUGACCCACUUUUAAACCCUAUAAUAUUGUGGGGGGUUUUUGUCAGUAUCUACACUAACUGUCUACUUACAUAUUGAAAUGCGUUUAAGGUACAACAACUGGAGUGAUUUUUUUUUUAUAACAUCCCUAAUUUUUACGAAUAUAUUAUGAUGGUACCAAUGUUGGAUGUGUAUAAAGUAAUCAUGGAUUUCUUUCAUACCACUUGGACAGGCAGCUCAGCUCAGAUGCCAAUGUUCUUACUCUCCAAAUUACAGUAAAUGAUAAGAAAACUUUAUUGACUGUUGCUCGGCCAGUUGUGUUUCACUGACCUGUUACUGGCGUUUAUACUGAUCACUUAUAUUAUUAUUGAGUAUUUUUGCAUGUAAACCACCAGCAAGUGGGGAUCUGGAUGUUAAUCGAUUAUUGUGGGUUCAUGGUUAUCCAGUAAAGUUGGUAAGUUAUCCGGUCUUCCUGGGUUAUUGGGUGACACUGGGUUAUGUCUAGUUGCAUGGAGGGUGUGGUGGGUGUGUUGGUGACAGGUUUUACACCUAAAUUAAGUAAAUGCACGAUUAGAUGGCCCUUAAACCGGAGAGCUUUGAGGGACGGCUAUUAAAUUUUAAUUUGGUUGCACACGAUAGAAAAAUUGUCACAGGUGUGAUCACAUUGUUUUAUACAACUAUGAGGAGACUGUAAUGUUGAUAUUAUAAAUAAAUAAUUAUCUAGA